AUGGCUCAGUUUAUUCCAGUGUUCCACUUAACUUUCCAUCUCUGCACUCUGUUUAUUUUCUUAAUGUUGCUUAUCCAUUAUCGACAAGUCUCGGCUUACAAUGUUUACCGAGUAAAUUCUUAUUCACCUCAAUCACUGCCGUUUGAUGACAAUAGUGACAAUUCAUUGAACAUGUUUUCUGAAAGCGACGAACCUAUUGAUGAUGAAUUCUCGUUACCAAAUCCAUUCGUAAACCGACUGUAUUCAAGUUACUAUCGACCAAGUCCAACUUUCAAAUUACGUCAUGGUAUAGCUCAAAUUGCUCCCUACAAAAAACGCACAAUCCCGUUAGAACUUCAAAAAGCACUGUAUGCUCAUGGAAUUGUUGGUCGCCGUCGUUAG